GUCUAUGGUGCCAUGUGACAGUGUUGCUGGGCAGAGAAUACAAAAACAACAACAGCGACCCUUUAACUCCGCAGUUUGCACUAGAAGUUGUCAGGUCACGGGAUAUAUAUAUUUUUUUUAAUUUUCUACAUUGCACGCUUUUCUCAGCCGAAUAAAAACCAUGGCAACCGAAUGCGAGGCAUGGCUUAACUCUAACCCCGUGGAGGUAGACAAUUUGAGCGACUCCUUCCUGUCUGGGGAUGAGGAGAAGGCGGGAUCCAGGCCUGUGGACAAUGAGGUCAAUGGCAACUGGAUUUCUGCGCCCAGCAUCCAUGAGGUCAGGGUGAAAGCCAAGGCCAAGCGACGGCUGAGGAAGAACUCGUCCAGGGACUCUGGCCGGGGCGAUUCCCUGAGCGACAAUGGCGACAGCAUCCGUGGUCUCCAGGCCCCCCCCACCAGCCCCAAGAGCAAGCUGCUGGACAGGAAGUCUCGACUGGGCAAAGGGAGGGGCCUGCCAAAAAAGGGUGGUGCCGGGGGAAAGGGAGUUUGGGGACCUCCUGGGGAGGUGUACGAUUAUGAAGAAGUCGAUGUCAAGGACCCCAAUUACGAUGAAGAUCAGGAGAACUGUGUGUAUGAGACCGUGGUCCUCCCGUUGGACGAGCGGGACUUCGAGAAGACUGUCACCCCCAUCGUGCAGGAGUACUUUGAGCACGGGGACACGAACGAAGUCGCGGAGCUGCUGGGUGAGUUGAACCUGGGCCCGAUGCGGAGCGGCGUGCCCACACUGGCCGUGUCCCUGGCGCUGGAAGCCAAGGCCAGCCACCGCGAGCUGACGUCCCAACUGCUGGCGGCACUGUGCGGCCGCGUGUUGACGCUCGCCGACGUGGAGCACGCCUUCGACGGGCUGCUCAGGGAGCUGCCCGACCUCGUGCUGGACACGCCGGACGCCCCGCAGCUUGUGGGCCAGUUCAUCGCUCGAGCCGUCAGGGACCAAAUCCUGUCCAAGAGCUACAUUGACAGUUACAAAGGCAAAGUGGACUGUGAACACGCCAGAGCGGCGCUGGACAGGGCAGCUGUGUUGCUCAAAAUGAACAGGGGAGGCCGACGCAUAGAGAACCUGUGGGGGAGCGGUGGGGGCCAACGUCCCGUCACGCAGCUCGUCAGGGAGGUUAACCUCCUGCUGAAGGAGUACGUGUUGUCGGGUGACGUGGUGGAGGCAGAGCGAUGUCUCAGAGAGCUGGAGGUGCCACACUUCCACCAUGAGUUUGUCUAUGAGGCAAUAGUCAUGGUUCUGGAGUCCAAAGGGGAAAAGACAUUUAAAAUGGUGCUGCAGUUGCUGAAAUUCCUCUGUGAGUCCUCCAUUAUCACUGUGGACCAAACAAGAAGGGGAUUUGAGAGAGUUUACAGUGACAUCGCGGAGAUUAACAUUGAUGUGCCAAGUGCCUAUUCUGCGCUGGAGCAGUUUGUUGAGAAGAGCUUCAGCGCUGGGAUCAUUGACAAAAGCGUGAAGGACCUGUGUCCUUAUCGAGGGCGCAAGCGCUUCGUCAGUGAGGGGGACGGCGGACGCCUUAAACCAGAGAGCUACUAAAGAACUUGGGAGCCUCUCUUGUGCCAGAUCCUAGCCGAAUUCUCCAGCUUUCCUUUUUUGUAUAUUUAACGGUUUAGGUACCAAUUGCUUCAGUCGGCUGUAAAGAAUGUAUAUUUAAUAA